AGAUUCAAUGGAACAUGUCGCGAGCGAGCCUGUUGUGUGUGUGCUGUGCAGCAGUAUAGCUAGCUAGCUUGCUAAGCAGCCAGCGUGGGAGUCUAAUCAGAAGACAGAAUCAUCCGAGUGCAGAAGAUUAAGGAGCCGUGUCAACACUUCUGUUCAGGAUCUUUCAGUUAUCCUAAUCACUGUGCAGUGAGUGGAGGGGAAUAAUCGCGCCGCGCGACCAUGCUCACAUUUUAAAAAGGAAGAGCUGCCUCGUGAUUUACCACCCUCAAGCAAGAGAGCGAGGGGGAAAUCAUCAUCAACCACAGAGCGAGAGGAGAGAUCAUCAGUCACUCACGGAGACGACGCUGAGGACUCGUCACGGCAGACAGGAGGGACAGAGAAAGAGAGAGACGUCCAUUCCCCUUUCCAGUUAGCUAGCUUCUCCAACCUCCUCGCUUCCUUCCAACGUCCUCCGGUACUAGCCGGGUUGGGCAACCGUAAUCACGCGCCUCCGCCUGGACUGACAACCCCGAAGGCAGAGGGCGAGAGGCACGGCACCCUCGGGUCCCCACGCUUCGUGGAGAGAAUCGCUGAAAUGAGAUGAGGCUCAGAAAUGGAACGGUUGCGACUGCGAUAAUUUUCUUCACGUCGUUUCUCAGCCUGUCUUGGUACACAUCCUGGCAAAAUGGCAAAGAGAAGUUGGUAGCGUACCAGAGGGAGUUCCAUGCCCUGAAAGAGCGUCUCCGUGUGGCUGAGUACCGGACCCUGCAACGAUCCUCAGAGCUCAACAACAUCCUGGAGCAAUUCAGACGGGCCAUUGCAGAGACCAACGGCAGCAAGAGUGCUCUCACCAACUUCUCAGAUGAGACCCAGAAGCUGCUGAAGGAGCUGGCCAGUAGGAAGCCUCUCCAGGUGCCAAACAUCUACCACCACCUGCCUCACCUGCUAAAAAAUGAGGGCAGCCUGCACCCCGCUGUCCAUGUCGGCCUGGGCCGCACCGGAGUCUCCAUGGUGAUGGGUAUUCCUACCGUAAAGCGUAAAGUGAAGUCGUACCUGGCUGAGACGCUGCACUCGCUCAUCAACAAGCUCUCACCUGAGGAGAAACAUGACUGUGUCAUCAUCGUCUUCGUAGGAGAGACGGACACGGAAUACGUCCAAAGCGUGGUGACCGGACUGGAGAAAGAGUUUUCUACAGAGUUCAGUUCAGGUCUGUUGGAGGUGAUCUCUCCUCCUGCCAGCUACUACCCUGAUCUCAAAGACCUCAAAGAGACCUUCGGAGACUCCAGAGAGAGGGUCAGAUGGCGGACCAAGCAGAAUCUGGACUAUUCCUUCCUCAUGAUGUAUGCUGUGAGCAAAGGAGUCUACUAUGUCCAGUUGGAGGAUGACAUUGUGGCCAAACCAAACUACUUUGCCACCAUGAAGAACUUUGCCCUACAGCUCUCCUCUGAGGACUGGAUGAUCCUUGAGUUCUCCCAACUCGGCUUCAUCGGUAAGAUGUUCCAGGCUCCAGAUCUCAACCUCAUAGUAGAGUUUAUCCUCAUGUUCUAUAAGGAGAAGCCCAUUGAUUGGCUACUGGACCACAUCCUCUGGGUCAAAGUGUGUAACCCAGAGAAAGACGCGAAGCACUGUGAGAGGCAGAAGUCGAGUCUGCGUGUGCGGUUCAGGCCCUCUCUUUUUCAACAUGUGGGGCUGCACUCCUCUCUGGCCGGAAAGAUCCAGAAACUCACUGAUAAGGACUUCCUGAAGCCCCUGCUCCAUAAGAUCCAUGUGAACCCGCCUGCUGAGGUGUCCACAUCUCUCAAGGUGUACCAGGGCCACACUUUGGAGAAGACCUACCUGGGAGAAGACUUCUUCUGGGCCAUCAAUCCUACUGCUGGAGACUACGUCCUCUUCAAGUUUGACAAGCCCAUCAGCAUAGAGAGGUUCCUGUUCCGCAGUGGGAACCAGGAACACCCUGGGGACAGGAUAGAGAACACCACCGUAGAGAUACUGCCCUUCUUGGAAACUGGACCAAAGACCAAAGAGAAGUACAAGCGAACUGAAGACCGCUACUACAGAAUCGGUCAGUUUGAGAAGGGUGUGGCGGAGGGUGCUGUAGACACCUCCUUCAACCCGGUGGUGGCGCUGCGUCUCUCUGUCGUCAAAGACUCAGCUGUCUGGGCCAUCCUCAGCGAGAUUCACAUAAAGAGGAGAGCAGGCUGACAUAAAGCGGGGGGCCACAUCAAUCCUGGCCCCCGGCCCCGGGGUGCUCGCAGACGCACCUAAAACUGACUGACCAGGGGCCUUCUGCCACCUAGCAACCAGCAGUGACAUCAUCAGAGCGCACCAGAGCCGCUCCUCUCAGGGUUUCUGUCUAAGGGCGCUGUCACUCGAUUGCUUUCUCUCUAUUGCUGCCUAUCCUUUCCUCGCUCUCUUGCUCUCUUUUUGCGUGAAUGUGAAUACUACUGUACAAAAAAGAGCCAGAUAUAAAAUAUCAGAAGUCAUUUGGUAUGUCCGGAAGAAAUCCGUUUCCAGCUCUGACUGUCGAGGUAACGCCGAUGGCUUGUGACUCGGAGAGACACACCUCAGCUGAUCUGAGAGGCUGAUGUCACCAGGAUGCUGGUGUUGCACAUGCUGCUCUCUGCUCCAUGUGCUCUUCGUCUCAGCCUCUCUGAUCUGUUCCACUGAGGUAUUGCACUCACUGGAGCUAUAGUGGAGCCCCCUGCUGGUGAUUGAAGUGACUGAAGAAUGGCUCCAUCAGCCUCAAAGACCUGUUGCUUUUUGUUCUUUUCCACAGAGUUGUGUGUUUUAGGUAAACAGCAGGUAAUAAAUAGACAAACAAGUUGUCA